GCAUUCUCGGAUAUAGCGUGAAUCUAUCAAUACGACCCCGACACUUCUCUCUACUUCACCAAGUAGAUCUGUGAGAAGCAUAUUACCAGCGAAGUAGUACAUCCUGGAUAAAUUGCGAGACCAGGCGCAUUGAUCCGUGACUCAAUCUGCUCUUCAGAACGCUAGAUGUCCUCCGCAGCAUCUCCAGGAAAUCAUAUCAAUUGCUUAUAUCUAUCAAGAACUAAAUCGAUACGUGCUAAUCACAACAACCAGGUUAUAGAUUCUUUGGAAACCGAAGAAGUAUCUCUCAACUCAGUAUGAGUGGUGAAACACCUAUUGUUUCCCAUGGCCGAGGAGGCCACGGAAAUAUCGGCAAGGAUGAUACUCCGUAUGCGGACGCCUCCAUCGUCCGCGAGGGCCCCGUCGGAGACCAAGGAGACGGCGCCUACUCCGCUGGUCGCGGAGGUGCGGGAAAUAUCGGGUCUCCUCACAUCCCUCCAUCCAAAAAAGCCGUUCAUGACAACGAAAUGAUUCCGGAACUUGCUAUCCGCAAUUCUACCGAUGAAAACUAUCACACUGGGCGCGGUGGCCAGGGCAAUGUCCAUCUCGACGAGGCGGCGAAGAAGGGUAAAGAGAAGGAAAGGGAGGAAAAAGAAGAAAAGAAAAAGAAUCGCAGGUCCGUUACUAACGACGGUCUUGCCAACUGGUUGAAGGAGAAGCUUCUCAGGAAGUAGAUGUUCAGACCAGAUCAUCGGAAAGAUCCUUCGAUAAGACUCAUCAAAAGGAGCAGAGGCUUCUUAGCGCCAUGGCCACGAUAGAUGGAAGUGGUCUAUACCAGGCAUUGGGGAAGUUAUGUUGUGUUAUUUACGGCUGCACCGAUUGAUUCCCAUUCGUUUCUUAUUCAAUACUGAGCUAGAUGACAUUAGUUCGAAAUUUCUAUUUCUACAUACAUAAAGCCAGCAUAUACAUAAUAUAUAGAUAUAGAUUCCUUAUUCAGUAUUCAAGAUA